CAAGAUGGAGAAAAACGUGCUGAAGAAUGUCCAGGUUUGCACGGACACAAGUGACUGCGUUGAGCUGUCCCGCACGUCCGGCCUGUACCUCAAGCCCGAGGCGAGGGUCAGCAUCACAGUCACGCUCCCGCAGCUCAAGUCAGGGCAGUCCAUUUCGAACUGGGAGGUCAUGGAGAAGCUGCGUUCUGCCAUUCUGCCGGAAGUGUUCACGGUUAUCAAGGUGACCAAGAGUACACUCGAGUUCCUGAGAUUCGAUGCAGAAAUUGAGAACCGAAAGAAUCUCUCUCAAGUCAUCAGUAAAAUUGAUCAGAAAGGCAUCAAGCUGAGUGGGUUCUCCGACCUGUUGAAGAUCAGGGCGACGGAGGCCAAGGCCCCCUUCCCCUCACGCCACGACUGGGACAGCUACUUCAGGGACGCGAAGCACAUGAAUGAGAUGAAGCCGGGAGAGCGACCAGAUACAGUGCACUUCCAGGACCUCCCAUGCCGCUGGUUUGCACACAUCAACGAUGCCGACACCAACAAGCCCAGCGAUUACGUCCUCAGCAAAGUGAUGGCUUCCUUUGGGGAGAUCAGAGCGGUGGACAUCCCCCUCUGUGACCCGUAUCGCAAGAAAAUGUCGGCCUCAAUCAAUGGCAUCAAGACCUUCAGCUUCGGGCAGGACUUGGUGUUUGAGGCCUACGUGCAGUUCAAGGAGUACAUAGGCUUUGCCAAGUGCAUGCAUGCGUUGCAGGGCAAGAAGCUAGUCUUCCUUGAAGGGGACAAGGCAUGGAGUGCAACUGUAAAGGUGGACUUUGACAAGACCAAGCACCUAUCAGAGUACUCAAUCAAAAAGCGCUCAGCCGAACGAGAAAAGCUGCAGGCUGUAGAGCGUGAAGCUGAGGAGAAGCUGCGAAGAAAGAGAGAGAUGGAAGAGAUGAAAAUGGAAGCUGAAAGGAUGAGACAGGAGGAAGAAAGAAGGAUGAAGGAAGAACGCAAAGAGGCUAAAAAGAAGGAGAAAGAACAUCGAAGGAAGGAGAGAGAGGAAAAGAGACGGAAGAAAAGGUUGAUGAAAGUUGAAGAGAAGAUGAAGAAGCAGGAGGAGGAAGAGGAAGCAAAACUUGCCAGGAAGAUUGCCUUGGAGGAGCGCAAGCUACUAAUCGCCCAGCGCAAACUGGAGAGCAUUCGACUCCUGGAUGAGCUUUUUGAGAGGAUUAAGGUUGGUCGUCAGAAGGAGAUCGCCCAGAAGAGGGAGGAGGAGAUCUUCCGGCAUUUGGAUGAACACAACAAGAAGCAGGUGGAGGAGUUGAAGGAGAAAGAGCUGAAGGAACGCAGACAUCAGGAGAAGCUGGCAGACCAAGAGCGAAUGCUGCGUGACAAGCUUGUCCGCUCCUACAAGUCCAGAGAGGAGGACCGGAUGGAACAGCAGCGUGAGAAAGUGCGCAAGGCUGUUCAGGGAAAGGUGCAACUGCAGAGUGUCAUAUCAGCUGCAUCACUGUCCUCCAUCUCGACCGCCACCUCAGAGAGCGAUAGUGACUCUUCCUCUGAGUCUUCAGAUUCCUCAGCGUCUUCAGAAACAAAACAGGGCAAGCUGUCCACGGGUCGUCUUCGAAUGGAUCAUGUGGAUGACGAGGAGCAAUAUGAUGAGUAUGGGGCCUGGCACCAUUCGCAGGGCUCCCAGCACCACUACUACUCUUACUAUGAGGGCUAUGGUGACUCUGAGGGCCAGCCAUCUUGGGGCCAAGAUGAAGGCUUUGAACGUGGUAGGGGCCGUGGAAGAGGCAGGUGGCGGUUCCCUAGAGGCCCGUGGAGAGGCCGUGGGUUCAGGGACCGAGGCAGGGGAUUCCGGGAUAGAGGUAGGUCCUUUAGGGGUUCCUGGAGCAAGUAUGGUCAGGAGAGAGAUGGGGCCAAACCACUGGAAGUUAACAAGCCUGUAACGACCUGGUACAAGAGAGGAAGUGACAACGAGCGUGAUGACUCCAGGUCGAGGUCUCGGAGCAGGUCAAGGUCCAGGAGUUCCCGUUCACGUUCUAGGUCGAGGUCCAGGAGGUCCCGCUCCAGGUCGAGGUCGAGGUCGAGAUCCAGAAAGUCUGGUUCAAAAUCCCGUUCCAGGUCU